UUAGAGUCUCUCUCCCAAAGGAGAGACUCUCUCUCUAAAUUAUAUAAAUAUGAAUAUAAAAUGAGGGGGUUUGUAGGCUAUUGGGGGGUGUGAAAUCCAUAUGGUGAAGCAAGUCUUCUGUUUCACACCUUUCAAUUUCACGGAGAUGGGUGGAGGAGAAUCUAGGGUUUGACUACACAGCAAAGGUCUGUUCUUUGGUGGUUUCCUUGAAUUUUCUUCAAAUUUUGGAAUGGAACUGUUGUCUGCAUGUUCAUCCUUAUCUUGGGUGCUAAUGGUGUUGUUGGGGCUGGGGGUUUUGGGUUUUGGGAAUUAGGGUUUUUGGUUGUAGGGCUAAACUCAUGGAGGAGGUUGAGAAAGCUAACAGAGCAGCUGUGGAGAGCUGCAACAAGGUUCUAGGUCUCUUGUCUCAGGCCCAAGAUCAGAUUCAGCGUAAAAAAUUAAUGGUGGAAACUGGGGAGGCUGUGGUUAGGUUUAACAGAGUUGUUUCUCUUCUCAAUACUGGUUUGGGCCAUGCCAGGGUGAGAAAAUCCAAAAAUUUUCAAACCCCUCUCCCCCACAAUAUCCUCUUAGACAAGCCAAAUGCCAAACAAGAUCACCCAUCCAAGACUUUUCAGUUUCUCCACUCCAGUUCUCUUGAAAAGCCAAUUCAAGAAAUGGGGUCAAAUGCCAAGAACACUAUGGGUUUGGGAAACCCAUCAUUGGAAUUGACCUCCAAUGGUAAAAGCCCUCUGCAACUUUCUCAACUCAUACCAUCGUCAACAAAUUACCAGUUCCUCCACCACCAGCAACAGCAGAGGCUGCAGCAGCAGAUGAAGCAUCAGGCCGAUACCAUGUAUCGGCGGAGCAAUAGCGGUAUCAAUCUCAAUUUUGAUAGCUCCAGUUGUACACCAACAAUGUCGUCCACCCGGUCUUUUAUCUCAUCCCUGAGCGUGGAUGGAAGUGUGGCUAACUUGGAUGGAAACGCCUUCCAUUUGAUUGGCCCGGCUCGAUCCGAUCAGAACUCCUUCCAACAUAAGAGGAAGUGCUCAAGGGGAGAAGAGGGUAGUGUGAAAUGCGGCAGCAGCGGCAGAUGCCACUGCUCAAAGAAGAGGAAACAUAGAGUGAAGAGGUCAAUCAAGGUGCCGGCUAUAAGUAACAAGCUUGCUGAUAUCCCUCCCGAUGAGUACUCGUGGAGGAAGUACGGGCAGAAGCCGAUAAAGGGUUCUCCUCACCCUAGGGGAUACUAUAAAUGUAGCAGCAUGAGAGGUUGCCCUGCAAGGAAGCAUGUGGAGCGAUGUUUGGAAGACCCUUCAAUGCUUAUAGUCACUUAUGAAGGUGAGCAUAACCACCCAAGGUUACCAUCACAAUCUGCAAACCAGUAAACUUCAUGGGAAGCAUAGCGGAGAUCACACCAAGCCCCCCAUUGUUCAAUACAUCAGAGUCCUAUUCAUGGACUGCCUCAUUUGCUCCUGUACAUAUGUUGCAUGGUUUGAGCUUGGGACAUAUUUGGAGCAUUUUUUUUUAUGUUUCGGUUCUUCUUCUUUGGUUUUUUUAGCUUGGGAAGGAUUGGUUGGCUUCCCAAGCCUUUUUUAGUUGUUGGGCAGGUGGAGGAGGGGGGCCGCGGGGCAUGAACCCCAGGACCAGACACAAAAUCUGAGUAAAAUGGGGAUCUCAAUUUGUUAGAACUGUUUCUCAUCUUUUAUUUACAGUCAGUUUUUUGAACAUUUUAGUGUUCCUUCUUUAAAUGAAUGCAAUACCCCUUCAGUGUGGCA